AUGUCCUCCGCGCAAAGCGUCGCACCCGCCGUCCCCCUCCCUCGCCAGAACGGAGACGUAGGCAGCAAGCCACCGGUCUGGUCUCUGAACAACACCACCGGGGACGAGGUCCCACCCGCCGCAAAAUGCGACAGACAUGAGCGCGCACGAGACGGCGUGUGCUGCAAAGAGCUCAUUGGCGACGAUGACCGGACACUUGUGGACCCAGACGUGGUCCGGGACGUUGUCAUUGGCCUUUCAGACGGUCUCACCGUUCCCUUCGCCCUGACGGCCGGCCUCUCUUCGCUGGGCGAAUCCAAACUCGUCAUCCUUGGUGGCAUCGCAGAACUCAUCGCCGGAGCCAUUUCGAUGGGCAUCGGCGGCUUCCUUGCCUCGCAAGCAGAACGUGACCACUACCGCUACCUCCGCAAGCAGACGCGCGCGCGUGUGCUCCGGAGCUGCGAGGGCGAGAUGGAGCGGGAGGUGUACGGUGUGCUCGGGCCCGUCGGCGUCGACGAAAAGACGAGCCGCGCCGUCGCACACUGCCUCAUGAACGUGGAGGUCGACUCGCACGGCGAGGGCUCGACCACCGCCGCGGGCUCCGACUCCGAGGCCGGCCUCCGGUGGAGCUCGAGCGUCGGCCUGUCCGCGUUCCUGCUCAAGUUCGGCGAGGGCCUCGAGGAGGUGCCCACGAAGCGGCUGUACAUCUCCGCGUUCACGAUUGGCAUGGGCUACCUCAUUGGCGGGAUCAUUCCGUUGCUCCCAUACUUCUUCGAGCCUGUGGCGUACCGCGCGCUGAUCUGGUCAAGCAUCGUGACCGGCAUCGUCCUCCUCGUCUUCGGCGCGGUCAAGGCGCGCAUCACCGGGGCUGGCCAGGGUGCGGGCGGCUACAUCUGGGGCGCGGUCAGCACACUACUGGUCGGCGGCGCGGCGGCAGCAGCAGCGUACGCCAUCGUCGCGGCCCUCGAGUCAUGA